AUGUCUGCCACGGCCUCAACGUCCGCCCAGCCGGCCCAGCAACUUCAACAGUCGCAUGAAGACCAAGCUCUCGGCCUCUUCGCGCGCUCGGCCCUUGACCUCUUCGAUAUGUGGCCCGCUCUCCGGCUCGCCAUCUCUCACGGCUGGGGCGGCGACGGCGGACAGGGCAAGACGCAUCUCGCCGAGGACGUCGUUGACCUGUUCUACUCGACUGCGACGAGUGGACAAGGUGGCGAGGGGUCGGCGAGCGCGAGCGGAUCCAGCUCGACGCACGAGGGAGGAAUCCCCAUCCCUCCGAUGGACGAGAUCGAGCAGACGCUCCUUUACGUGAUUGGAAACGAGUUCGACGUCGACCUCGAAGACGGAUCGGAGCACACGGUCGCGCGGGAUUUGGUCAAUCUCUGGCGGGAAUGCUUGCAGCGGGUUCGGGCGGGAGAGGAGGGCAUCGCAAAGGAAGGCCCGCUGGCAGAGAAGUUCAGGAUUGCAGCGGAGAAGGCGAGGGUGCAGGAUGGCCAGCAGCGGUUCGAGGCGCAGCGACAAGGCGGCGACGAGGACGAGGGCGAAACGUCGAGCGAGGGCGAGUACGAGACGGAGGACGACGAGGACGAGGAGAUGGGUGCUAUCGAGCGCGAGGCACCUCCGCCACGGGAACGGCAGGAGCCGGUUGUAGACGAGGACGGCUUCGAGCUUGUGCAAACCAAGAAGAAGGGAGGACGGCGGUAG